AUGGGAUGCAACUUUGACGGAUCUGGGUUGGGUUCUUGCAUCAUUGGCGACUGUGGGUCAGGGACCAUCGAAUGCAACGGCGUCGGUGUUGCCUUACCGGCGACACUGGCAGAGUUCACUCUCGGCACCGGUGGGCAAGACUUCUACAACGUGAGCCUCAUCGAUGGCUGCAACCUAUCGAUGAUAGUGGAAAGAAGUGGUUGGUCAAGAAUGUGCGCGUCGACAGGCUGCACGGUGGAUCUGAACCAGGGCUGUCCGGCGAAGCUGAAGGUCGAAGACGGCAACGUGUGCAGGAGCGAGCACGUGCGAGGCAUUUGGGAGCCCGGAGUACAAUUGCAACAACGCGUAUAG